UCUAUAAAUUAGGUCCUAAAAGCGUAAUUUAGUCAAAGUAAAAGAUGAGGGGAGCUGGGUGAAAUUUUUUAAAAAUUUGGAGGGUUAAUGUUUACAUAAGAAAAUUCUAUAUUAAUUGCAGUAUGUCGACAGGGAAAGGGAAAAGUGAAAACUAAAGAAAAAGGGUUUUUUUGUGGAUUUCCUCUGUAAUUUCGAAAUCGCUUUUGUGUUUUCGGGGUCCUUUCAUAUUUUUCGACUUCAACCGCAACGUAUAUCAACGCAUAAGCGAGGGAGAUUCAAAAAGAAAAGAGUAAGCUCUCCAACUGAAGGCUAAAACUACAAAGGAAAUGGCUGACAAUACUUUCCUGCUUGAAGCAGCCUAGUGCUAGAUAUACAACCUAGUUUUGUCCUUUUGAGAGUUUCAACUGACUAAAGACUAUUACUCACUUUAAGUAUUUGUUCACAAAAGAUGAAGCGUCGACGCGGAAGCAAAAAAGGUAACGCAAAGAAGCCUCGGACAACUGGAACGAGUGAGGAUGCUCCUAAUAAUGGUAGUAUGAAUACAGAAACAAAUUCUGGCACAGAAGACUCUGACAAUGAUGGAGUUGACUCUGGAGUUGAGGCUGAGACACCAUCUUCUACCGUAACUGGUCUACCGGAAAAAACUGUAAUCGCUACUUCUGGUGCACCAAGGGAUAAACCUGCAGGUUUAGCAGUUUAUGGGCGUAUGAAAGUAAAGAUCAAAACUUCAAAACCGUUAGAAUCCCAGCGUACCUCUUCCGAAGCAGCUACUCCUAGUGAUACUGAUAAAAGUAGCCAGCAAGCUGGUCCAGAAAAACAGGUUGUUUCUAAUGAGAAAAUGGAAGACAGUGCAAACUCAUUGCCCGAGGAUAAUGUAACUACCACUGGAAAUGUGCCAAAAAAAUCUGGAGGCAUAAAGAUUAAGUCUUCAAAGGGCUUUUCUUCAAGCAUGAGCCCUUGUAGUAAUGCUGAAAUGAUGAAGGAAGAGAAGACAAAACAGCAAGAGCCUGAGUUACCUCGCCGUGAUUUGAGAUUCAACAAGCAGGAGCUAGACACUGCUUUGGAGGUUAUAAGAAAAAUUAUGAAAAUGGAUGCAGCAGAGCCCUUCAAUGUUCCAGUUGAUCCUAUCGCUCUUGGAAUUCCUGUAAAANUGGAGCUCAUGAAGCGGGUGAAAAAGAACUUUGCAAAGUACUGGACAGCAGCUGGCUUAUACAGUGAUCAUCUGCAAAGUGCCGAAAGCAGUCAAACUAAGGACACUACACCUUCAAGUCAUGGAAAGGAACCUACAAAAGGUGGUUCCUUUAGUCAGAAGAACAAAAGGCUUCAAGGGCUCAAGAAGCACAAGGAAGGAUGCCUUUGUGCUAUAUGUGUGAUGAUACGACGCAGGCAAGAGCGGGAGGAGAGCACUCGGCUGUUGGAUGACCAAGAGGCUAGUGAUGAUUAUCCAGAGGAGAAUAAACCAGAGGGAACUUCACCUGUUGAAAGUCGAGAGUACACCUCAUCAAAUAUGGAGAAUUCACCUGAGCAAGGUGGUGAUGCUAAUCUACAAAAAAAAGGAGCAGAGAGAAAGUUAACUGAAAAUCAGGGAGCUUUACAUGAGAAGCUAGAGGAAGAGAUGGAGAGUGAAAUGGGAAUCCAAAGUAAAAGUGCGGGCGUCACCUCUGAGCAUUUGCAGUCAGGUCAUGUGUCUGUAUAUGAGCGCAAAGCACAUCAUCAUAAGCAAAAUGUGGAGCCAGGUGGAGAUUUGCUGAAUGACACUCGAAAAGAAAAUGUGCAGCAUGGAGAUGAAAAUGCAGCAACUGGGCAACAGAGGCCAAAGGAGUUGCAAGACAAGUAUCAGAAAGCCAAGAUGUUGGAGAACCUGCGCUAUCUUGAAAAUCCAACAGUUAUGGAGUUAUCGCGAAUCCUAUUUGCCGAUAAUCAAAGAUCUGUCUGGAAUGGACCACAUUCACUGGUUAAGCGUGAGGGUUCUGCCCGCAAGAGCUCUAUUCAUGCAGCUAUUUCCAUGUUUAUGCAGUAGGUUAAUUCUUUUUCCAGAUGUUAAUGCACGUCGAACGUGUGAUUCUGAAGUUUUGGAGAAGGUCAAUACAAUUGAUUUUCCUUUGUUCUUUUUUGGUAGUGGUCAAAUGAUAAGUCAAGUGUACUUUGAGGGUGAUAAAUUCACUCCCAGUAACUUCUUUCUUUUAUAAAAAUAUUUGGGCGUUUCUUUGUAAA